AGUCAGUUGAGCAUUCAAUUCCACGCUCCUUUAUCAAUCCUUGAUUGUUUUCUCCGCAUUCCUGUGCCCAGACAGUCCUUCUCGCCGUUGAAGCGCCCCGCCGCAUAUAGACGCAUCUUUUUGGCACAUCUUUUACGAUUUCGAAAUUUGCAAUAUUCUAUACUCAACACCUAAUCUUUUGACCGCACGCGGCUCGUCCCUCGCGGCCUGAACAGAUCGACCCAAGUGGCUCCCUCACCGCGUUUGUUAGCGUACCUGAUACGCCGCAACCGCAUUCCUGCCUCCCAAAUGGCCGUGACCGUCGUCGACAACACUAUUGGCAACGCCGAGCCCCAGCAGCAGCCGGCGCCCUUCCAGGAGCCGCCUCCCGUGGUGACGACUCCAUGUGACCCUUGGCCCAGACCGUAUUAUCUCGAAGGAGGGCUCCGCCGUGUGACUCCCUACCAUUUUACAUAUAACACCUACUGCAAGGAACGAUGGCGGGGACGAGAGAUUCUAGACGUCUUUGCGAGCGAGUUCCGGGACAGGCCGAAGGAGUAUUAUAAAUCGGCUAUUGAACGAGGUCUCGUCACAAUCAACGGAAAACCGAUCCCUUCAAUCCACACACUUGUUAAGAACGGCGACGUCAUUUCUCACACUCUUCACCGACACGAGCCCCCUGUCACCUCUGAGCCUAUCGGCAUCAUUCACGAAGACAACGACAUGAUCGUGAUCAACAAGCCGAGCGGCAUCCCCGUACACCCAGCAGGACGAUAUAACUACAACACCAUUGUCGAAAUCAUGCGCGCGGACCGGGGCUACCAAUGGAACCCACUACCAUGCAACCGGCUCGACCGGCUGACAUCGGGCGUCAUGUUCGUCGGCAAACACCCCAAAGCAGCAGAGGACAUGAGCAUGCAGAUCAAAGACCGGACGGUGAAGAAAGAAUACAUUGCGCGCGUAAAGGGCAAGUUCCCCGACGGGGACGUCGUCUGCGAACAGCCCAUUUUGCAAAUCAGCCCGAAGCUCGGACUCAACCGGGUGCGCGCCAGUGGGAAAGAAGCCAGGACCGUGUUCCGGCGACUAGCAUAUUACCCGUCCCUGAACCCGGACGGGAUUAUCGCAGAUGGCAACGGGUCGGAAAAGACAUGGGACAACUCGACGGGCUACUCGAUCGUGCGGUGUCUCCCGCUGACCGGCCGCACGCAUCAGUUGCGCGUGCAUUUGCAGUUCCUCGGACACCCGAUCACGAACGACCCAAUCUAUUGCAAUCGCAAGGUCUUUGGGUCGAAUCUGGCGCAGGGCGACGCAGACGGCGAAAAGGACGAAGAUAUCAUUGCGCGACUGUCGCGCAUGGGCAAAGACGAAGUCGCGGAUGCAGUGGCAUAUCAUGACGAAAUGGUCGAUCAGUACGAGAAGACGCGCGCAGAGAAAAUGACGGGUGAGCUGUGCGAGGUUUGUGAUACCCCGCUCUAUAGCGACCCCGGUGUCCAUGAGCUCGGCAUCUAUCUCCAUGCCAAGCGCUACGCGUGCCAGGACGGACGAUGGGAGUAUGAGACCCCUUUGCCCAAGUGGGCGUUGCCUCCCGCGGGCAUGAUUGGCCCGACUGAAACCACGCCCGAGACUGAUCCCCUUGCGGCGGAUCUGGAAAAGUUGGGGCUGGAAGGUAAAUCGCUUGAAGAGAAAAAGAAGAGGGAGCACGAGGAGGAAGAGAAGAGUAAAGCUGCUGCUGCUGCUGCUGCUGCGCCAGAGACAGUACCCGAGCAAGUGCAGCAAGUAGAGCCGGAAGUCGCUGCGCAGGCGUCAUGAGAAAAGUGCGAUCAAUCGUCGGCAUCGAACUAUAUAUAUUUCUUUUGCGGGUUAUAUGGUAUCUAUAUACUGGUAUAUGGGGGGUGUUUGUAUAAAAAUGGCGCCGCGCAGUUUUUUUUUCCCGCUUGCAUAAAUGGCGAUAUAAAGGCGGCAUUUUCUUUUUUCUGUAGAAAUAUCUUGCUUUUUCAUCAUUUGGAUGGGUAUAUACGCAUCAUAUCCUCGUCGCAUGGCAUAGCAUGGCAGGGGGGUAUCGCAUUGCUUUUGCGCGGCAAAAUUACAGUAUGAUAUCCUGGGGAGUACCGGCCGACUCUCCGCUGCGGAG